UCUCCCUGCCUUGGGUCGAGCCCGUAGGAUUCGCAACAGCAUAGGGCGGAAGGAGAAGCGGCGAAGGAGGAGGUGGAGGAGGAAAACGAAGUCGACAUUAGGAUUUCCAUUUUUUUCCUUCUUUAUUUUUUCGAAAGUGUUUUCCGAACUCGCAUUGAAAGUUUAUCUUUUCCUUCAUUUCUUGUACUGUUGAUUUUGUUCUCUCUUCGUCCGAUCAUGGAGCUGGUGGUGAUAUCUAGCGGUGGCUCAGAGGCCUUUACCAUGACCAGAGAAUCCGCGCGAACUUCGCUGUGGGUUGUCCACGGCUCUGUAUUCGGCUUCUCCUUUUAAUGUUCCCGAGUCAAGAUUGGUUCGUGUUUUCAAUUGUUCCAACUAUUCUUUGAUUCUUUAGCAGGUUUCAAAACCGUCUCUUUAAAGAUCUCAUUCUUUUUAAUUACAAGUUUACAAUUCUUUUUAACUACGUCGUUUCAUUUUGGUUUGUUUCUAAAUUCUUGAAGCGUUUAAAGAUUUUCAUUCUGAAUGGAAAAAAGAAAAAUGAUCAACAGGAAGAAAAAAAGAUACGUGGAUAGGUAGGUAGGUAGGUAGUAGGUAGGUAGAUAGAUAGAUAGAUAGGGGAAAAUUUGGAUUUUUAACGGUAAAUUUGUGUUUUUUGAUAUUGUUUUUUGUAAGAAGCAACGUUGGACGCGACGGCGGUAGAGAGGAUGUUGGCUGGGUGCUCAUCGACGUUGCUGUCGCCGAGGCACAAGUUGAGGAUCGACGCUUCCGUGCAGUUGCAAUCUUGUCAUUUCCAUCUGCAGGAGAAGCCGAUGGGUACCCAGCGACUCGACCUGCCGUGCGGCUUCUCCUCCCGCAAGGAUCCCCUCCGGGUGGUGCUAUCUGUCGAGAAGCCGGCGGCCGACGCUCGGGGCAGUAACUGCUCCUUCAGGCGCCGCUCGUCUACCUCAUCCAUUGUCGCGCAUGCACCAACAUGGGGCGCAACCGAAGAAGCUCGCAGCGGAGUUUGGGCGCAGAGGAGGAGCUCGAAGAGACUCCAUGAAGAGGGCUCGUGCGACGACUACCGAGCCAAGAGGACGAGGACAGCUGACAUGGAGGGCGAGGCAUGGCUGCCUCAGUCCACUCAAGAACCCUCGUUUGGGGAGGAGGAAGAGAAGGUGUUUCUUGUACCAAGUGCAGCAAGUUUUCCACUUCCCACUUCGUCGGGCCAAACUCUGGUGCCAGGAUCCACUCAUCCGGAGAACGACUCCAACACAGGCGAAGAACCAAACAAUGCGUCGCAGUCUGCUUCCAGUUCGUCCUCUGGCGCCUUUGCUUCUUCUACCAAGGAUUCUUCCAGCAAUCUGAACUCCAGCGGUGUGGGAGGCGACGGAGGCAGUAGCCAGAUGGAGCAGCAGCAGGGUCUGGAACUGGCGAGCCUGCUGACAUCGUGCGUGGAGUCCAUUACUUCUGGGAAUUACGAAGCCAUGAACUUUUUCUUAGCCAGGCUUGGGGAUUUGGCAACCCCAACGGGCUCCCCCAUUCACCGGUUGGUCGCCUAUUACACCGAGGCCUUAGCACUCCGCGUGGUAAAGCACCGGCAUCACAUCUUCUCCGUUGCUCCACCGAAGGCCCUCCUUGACCAGGCCGAGGACGACAACGCCGUUGCACUACGAGUCCUCAAUUGUGUAACUCCAGUCCUCCAAUUUAUCCACUUCACAUUGAAUGAGCGGUUGUUGCGGGCAUUUGAAGGGAAGGAUAGAGUGCACAUAAUAGAUUUCGACAUCAGGCAAGGUCUUCAAUGGCCGAGCUUGCUCCAGAGCUUAGCUUCCAGGCCUAAUCCUCCAAACCACGUCAAGAUCACCGGAGUGGGAGAGUCUAGGCAGGAUCUUCAAGAUGCAGGAUGCGCUCUCACGAGACUAGCAGAAUCAUUGUGCCUCCCUUUCGAGUUUCACUCUGUGGUUGAUAGAAUGGAAGAUGUGAGGCUCUGGAUGCUUCAUGUGAAGAGGGAGGAGUGUGUUGCAGUCAAUUGUGUUCUGGCCAUGCACGAGGCUCUCAGCGACGAGAGUGGGAAGGCUUUGGUGGAUUUGUUGAGCCUGAUAAGGAGCACAAACCCAGAAAUUUUCGUUAUGGCAGAGCAAGAAGCAGAUCACAAUGCGCCAGAGUGGGAAGCAAGGCUUGCUAGAUCACUUGGCUACUAUGCAUCUCUAUUCGACUCCAUGGCCUACGUUCUGCCCAAGGAGAGCCAUGCCAGGAUCAAGGUGGAAGAAGCGUUUGCUAAGGAGAUCAGGAACAUAGUUGCUUGUGAAGGAAACGAGAGGACCGAGCGGCACCAAACGUUCGAUAACUGGAGGAAGAUGAUGGAGGAGGGUGGAUUCUCAUGCACGGGCAUUGGAGAAAGGGAGAUGCUUCAGAGUAAGAUGAUACUGAGAAUGCACUCCUGUGAUCAAUACAACAUAGAAAAGCAAGGUGAAGGUGAUGGACUCACUCUCAAGUGGUUGGAUCAGCCUCUGUACACAGUUUGUGCAUGGGCUCCUACAGAUGCUGCAGGUACCUCCACAUCUCACCCAAAUCUGGAGCUUCAUGGAUGAAUUUGUUCUUUCUCAUGUCGAAAACUCACAUAUCAGAUACUUACAUUCUUUUUCAUACUGAUCCAGAUAGAAAAGUUAUAUUCUUUUGCAUUUACAGAAAAUAGACAUUCUUUAUUCUUUUGUUGCAUGUAUGCUAUAGAAGUUCAAAAAUGGUUGUAGAUUAGUGUGUUCCUCAGCAGAUUAUUUGUAGCUGCUUCAAUCUUUGAUCAUUUCCUCAAGUGCAGUGUAACUGAAGUAGACCAGAAUAAAAUUUUCGUUAUUUGCUUGAA